CUCGGGCUCUGCAGACAAGGGGUUUGGUGGAUCACGGUCGACGUUUGUGAAACUUUCAUAACUCGCUGCGAGCCCUGUAAGGUGGUGGCCAGUGGCGGGCAGCGCAGCAAGCACGAUGUGACGACGGUGCUGAGUGUCUGUCACCCGCCCCACUGAAUAGGCGCCGAGACGAUGACACGCGUGACCCGGUGGUCUCCAUCAGCAGCAGCGGCAGCAGCGGCACCACCACCACCAGCAGCAGCAGCACCACCACCAGCAGCAGCAGCAGCAGCAUCGCCAUCAGCGUCACUUUGGGCGAGCAAGGUGAUGUCGUCUUCUUGAGUGGCGUUCUGGUUUUAUGUUCCGUGCGGAGCAGCGCCGAUCGACAUCGUCACCGUGGCACACGUGUUAGCGUCGCAGCUGUAUCGGAGGGGCGAUGAUGAUCAUUAUCAUUAAUCGAUUAAUAUCAUCAUUACGGAUGAUGAUGAUGACAGCAGGCCUAGUUCCCUGUUAUUAAUUAAAAUAAAUGCUUAAGUGAAUAUCGAUAAAUAUUUGGUGAUCAUAAUGAUAGCAUUCGUGUUGUGCGACUCAACGAAAGAUUUGCCCGAGUCUCAAGACUGCCCCGCAGGAGGUUCCUGCGUGGGUCAACGUGCCAGCUUCCCAUUGUCUUAAGCAAAACAACACAACAACAACAAACAACACAACAAUAGCAACACAACAACACAACAACACACCCACAACAACACAGCAACAAUAACACAACACACGACACCGACAAUAACUUAAUCACAAUCACCAUCAGCAUUUCCUUACUUAACGAAUCGAUAUAUCUUACAUCUAAACAUCUUAACACAAUCCUGCCUUAUAUUGCACAAUUUGGCAGCGACGUUUGUUGCUGACCGCUUGGCGUUUUUGAGACCAGUUUCGGGCGAAUGCGUUCAGAAAACCACGAUUUUAACAUUUUAUGUAAAACAGAUCGAUUUCAAAGCAUGACGCACCAAUUAAUGAGUUAAUUAGUCAACGCUGAGUCAUUAAGCAACGCCACCUGUAGCAACAACAGCAGCAGCAACCACUCAAAAUCGCAGCUCAGCGCUAAACAUUCCUUCUUAUAGGAUGGUGGGGGGGUAGAGCAACAAUCUUAUAAAACAUUGCAUGUAUGCGCGAUACAGAAGGGCCAGUGCCCGAAACGUCGCCUGUUACAUAUAGACUUUCCAUUUUGCAAAGCCGCAAGCAAGAGCGUCAUUGACGAACGCCCUGAGUUUUAUCGUUCGCCUACGGACUUGUGCGACGCGGUCGGGGGCACACGCAAACACGCGCACACACACGCACACACACACGCACACACAUGCGCACAUACACUCACGCAUACAUAGAUCCCCCGUAUACCCUUAAAAGACUGUAGGGGCAAGUGCUGUUAGCGAGCACCUCACACACACACGCCUGUUACAUAUUGAUUUUCACACACGCGCACACACACACACGCGUACACACACACGCGUACACAGACACACACGCGCGUACACACACGCGUACACACACACGCACACACCUACACGCACACACCCACACGCGCCUAAACCGACCUCGGCCGGGUAUCGAACUGCAAGCUCCGCGAGCCUCGGUGGUCUCGGACGCAUUGACGACGACGAGGAGGAGGUGGUGGAGGAUGAUGAAGAUGACGACGGGAAGAGGCGAAGGAGGGACGAUGGGUUCUGUGCGACUCUUCUUCGGAUGCGCGUGCCUUUGCGCGCAACUCCUCGUGGCCCGCAGUUUCGUUAGUCUCGACUACACCGCUGCUCCCCACUCAUCAUCAUCGGCAGCAGCAACAGCAGCAACAGUAUCAACAUCAUCAUCAGCAGCAGCAGCGUCGUCGGAGGCACCAGCAACAGCGCCGUCACCAUCAUCACCGUCGUCUGCGUCAAGGACAUCAACAGCAGCAGCAUCAGCAGCGUCAGCAGGAGCAGCAACAUCAUCUUCAGCAUCGUCAAAGUCGUCAUCGCUGUCGAAUGCCGGCGGUGAUGGCAUCAGUGGCGACUCGCUGAUGGUGACGAUGGCGAUGGAGUUCACCGUUUCCGCGGAACUGCGCGAUCGCCUUGCGGCAGAUGCGUCCGAGCUCAUUGCGGCUCAGCUCGCAAUCAGCUGCCCGUCAUCAUCAUCAGCAACAACAUCAUCAUCAGCAGCGUCAUCAUCGGCAGCAUCAUCAUCAGCAGCAGCAGCAUCAGCAGCAUCAUUAUCAUCAGCGGCAGCAUCAGCAGCAGCAGCAUCAUCAACAAUAACAACAUCAUUAUCAUCAGCAGCAGCAGCAUCAACAGCAUCAUCAGCAGCAGCAUCAGCAGCAGCAUCAUCAACAAUAACAACAUUAUCACCAUCAGCAGCAGCAUCAGCAGCAUCAUCAUCAGCAUCAGCAGCAUCAUCAUCAGCAGCAUCGUCAUCAUCAUCAUCAUACGUUUGGAGGUCUCCGCUAGCCGGCACGGCCUUGCUUCACGACCUGACCGGAGAGUCGACCCUCGGGGAAGGUCGUAACGGAUCGACUCCGGGUCUCGACCUCGACCUCUCGUUCCCGCGGCACGAGGUGGACGCGGCGUGCGGGCCCCGCGGGUCGGGCGUCCUGGCUCGAGACGUGGCCCGGCAUCUGCGGCGUUGGGCACGCGGUGCCCGGGGCAGGGAGCCUCCGGUCGCCCUUCGUCUCGGGGUCUCGCUGUUCGCCGCGGGGCCCGUCGGCUCCCAGCCCUCCAUAGUGCUCCGCGUGUCUCUGCCCGCCCUGUGGUGCGACUUUGAGGAUCAGUGCCGGUGGGAGGUGAGCAGAGAAAUCCCGGACUGGAUCGUGAACUCAUCCGACACGGAUUCUGGAUCGGGACACUUUCUCACCCUGAGCCCCGCUAGCCACCACCACCACCAGUGGCCCGAGGAUGGGGACGCAGGGAUCGAGGGAGGGGAGGAUCCCGGUGCGGUGCCGGUGCCGGGGGGGUUUGACGCGCGGCACGGUGACCACGCGGUCCUCGCGACGAGUCCGGCUCUGGGGUUCGCCGCCCGCGGCUGCCGCUUCUGUGCCGGGGUCGCGGCCCGGCGACUCGGGGCCACCCGGAACGGCCCCUCGUGGGACCUGCGCGUGUCCGUCCACGGCCCCUCUAACGCGCGUGUCAUCGCCUUCGCGAACCUUACCCUCGGUGAGGAACGGGCUACUGGUGGCUGGCACUGGCGGCGCGUGUGCGUGGGCGUCGGGCGGCUGGAGUCUUCGUCCAGGCUCUCCCUCUCUUGCCGCGGCUCUCCGCGGACAGCCCUGGCUCUUGACGACCUGGGACUCAUCGACUGCCAGCCAGACAACCGUGCCGAUCGGAGGUGCGGGGCUACUCGGGACGUCCCAGGAGGAGACGGAUUGCUACUCUGCGCCCCAGAAUCCCAGGACGAGCAUCCGGCGGCGGCCACGGAGGGGCGCCGCGCGGCUCGGCGGGAAGAGAAGGCCGCAAACUUCGAGUUCUCGGAGAAGCGCCCGUCCCUGAACACCGAAGACAUCGUUAUUGCCAAGAGGGACCACAUUCCUGAUCCCAGCGCCCUGGGAGAUCCUCUGAGCCGUGGACCGGGAGGGGAGGACGCGCUGCAGCACUGGCUCUUCACGUCGUGCGGAGCGAGCGGGGCGCGCGGCCCCACGCAGGCGCAGUGCAACAACGCCUACCGCAACAAGAACCAUAGCGUGCUGGUGGGGGGGGCUCGCCUGCGCGGGGUGCAGGCCUGGCGCGUGCCCUCCACAAAGAAGUACCAGAUCUCCGCGUACGGCGCGGCGGGCGGCAGCGGCGGCAAGAACAGCAACCAGCGGUCGCACGGCGUCUUCAUCGCGGCCAUCUUCACGCUCUACCAGGACGAGGUGCUGCACCUCCUCGUGGGCCAGCAGGGCGAGGACGCCUGCCCCUCGACGGUCGAGGACAUCCAGGAGAUCUGCCUCGGGGAGUCCGAUCGCAUCGAGGAGGAACAUCGCACCAACGGCAGCGUCAGCUGGUGGGCGGGAGGCGGCGGCGGGGGCGGCGGAGCCACUUUCGUCUUCCGGAUGCAAGAGGGAGUCCCAGUGCCGCUGUUGGUUGCGGCUGGCGGAGGAGGCAACGCGUACCUGGGCAACCGCGAGGGCGCCGUCGAGGAACGCUACGAGCGAGACCCAUCCGUGCGGCCAGCCAGCGGGCACACGGGGGCGGCCGGAGGGGGCGGGGGCUGGAACGACACGGCAGUUGCUCCCCACUCGGGCCGCUCGCUCGUGGAGGGGGCCGCGGGGGGCUCCGGCUGCGCCCAGGCCACGAGGGCCUGGGGGUGGGCGACCUCUGGCGGGUUCGGUGGGGGCGGGGGAGCCUGCACCUCCGGGGGGGGUGGCGGAGGAUACAUUGGUGGGGAUGCAGACGCUGGGAAUGGGAUGUUUUCAGACGGACAGGAUGGCGUGUCGUUCGUCAGCUCGCUGGGCGAACUCUACACAUUCCCCCUGGCCGUGACGGAGAGCCAUGGCGAGGUGUUUGUCCGCGAGCACGUCGACUGCCAGCGCUGCGAGUCGGGCGAGUGCCGCAGGGACGACGCCACGGGGGGCCUCGUGUGCCUGUGCCCCGCCGGCACCGCGCUCGCUCCAGACGGCGUCCGCUGCCUGGACAUGGUGACGGGAAUCCCCGAGGGGCAUCUCUCGCUGCCGCUCGUGCUCGCAGUGGCGACCGUGGCCACGGCGGUCAUCCUGGCGCUGGCGUGCACGGGCAUCCUCAUUGCGUACAGACGCAAGCAGCGGCAGCUGCGCGCCUUCCGUCUGGAGCUGCUGAGCCCCGAGUACAACUUGAGUAAGGUGCGCGCCUCCACCAUCAUGACCGACUACAACCCCAACUACUGCCACGCGGGGAGGGAGCCCCACGGCGCGGCCACCGUCGGCUCGGCCGGAGCACUCAGCGAGCUGAAGGAGGUGCCGCGGCGAAACAUCGACCUCGUCAGGGCGCUGGGUCACGGCGCGUUCGGCGAGGUCUAUGAGGGUCACGUGACUGGGAACCCGGGGGACCAGAGCCCCCUCAAGGUGGCCGUGAAGACGUUGCCGGAGAUUUGCUCGGAGCAGGACGAGCUGGACUUCCUCAUGGAGGCGCUCAUCAUCAGUAAGUUCAGCCACGGGAACAUCGUGCGCUGCGUGGGCGUCAGCCUCCAGCGCCUCCCACGCUUCAUCCUCCUCGAGCUCAUGGCCGGCGGGGACCUCAAGUCGUUCCUGCGCGAGGCCCGGACCGCCUGCCUCCCGGGUGGCGCGUCGCUGUGCACGCUGGAGCUGCUGCAGAUGGCUCGGGACAUCGCGCAGGGCUGCUGCUACCUGGAGGAGAGCCACUUCAUUCACAGGGACAUCGCAGCGAGGAACUGCCUCUUGACCUGCAAAGGGCCGGACAGGGUGGCCAAGAUCGGAGACUUUGGGAUGGCACGAGACAUUUACAGGGCCAGCUACUACAGGAAGGGCGGCCGGGCAAUGCUGCCUGUCAAGUGGAUGCCACCGGAGGCUUUCCUCGAGGGCAUCUUCACAUCCAAGACUGACACGUGGUCAUUCGGGGUUCUCCUGUGGGAGAUCUUCUCGCUGGGCUUCAUGCCCUACCCCAGCCGCAGCAACCAGGAGGUCAUGGAGUUCGUGAUGGGCGGAGGCCGCAUGGACCCGCCCGGCUCUUGCCCGGGCCCCGUGUACCGCAUCAUGACGCAGUGCUGGCAGCAGCGGCCCGAGGACCGCCCCAACUUCGCCUCCAUCCUGGAGCGCAUCGAGUACUGCACGCAGGAUCCAGACGUGAUCAACUCCCCUCUCCCGAUGGAGCUGCUGCACGUCCCUCGCGACGCCCCGGCCGGCCGUCCCAGCGGCCCCACGGAGCCCCUCCUGCCUCGCCGCCCCCUCUGCACCCCGGCCCCGCGCCCCGACCCCGCAGGUGGGUCGCGCCGGCGGCCCCGGGGGACGCAGCCCACCGGCUUCUACCUCCGGGACGCCGGCGCCGACGUCUCCGGCGUCGCCGCUGCCGCCGCCCCCUCCUCUUCCUCCGACGACGAAUCCUCAACCGCGUUCCUCGGCUGCGAGCGGGAGGCCGAGGGCCCCCGCAGGCCGCCGCGGCACUCGUGUAACGAGUACACGGAGAUGGGCGCCUGGUGCCAGCCGGCGCCACCGGCGCCACCGGCGCCACCGGCGCAUCCCGGAGUCGGCGCCGCCGCCACCGCCGUGGUUUCGACCGGGAUGCUGACCAAGAGCCACAGCACCAGCCUGUGGAACCCCACCUACGGAUCGUGCGUGCGCGAAAAGCCCGAGCGGGCGUGCACGGCGCGAGGGUGCGGCGCAGCCGCCGGCGGGGGGUCCGAGCCGAGCAACGCGCAGCAGCUCCCGCGGCCGGCACGCGAGGAUUCCGGAAUCGGAGGGUGCGCGGCACCAGCGCUUGGCGAUCAGCGGCGGCCCGGCUCGCCGGGGCGUGACGGCAGCGACGCCGAAAUGAGCGACUCGCCCACCUCGCCCGCCUCGCCGUCGUCGUCACCGUCGUCUUCUACGUCGUCGUUAUCUUCGCGGGCGACGGCGGAGGCAGUCGAUGAACCGUCGCAGCCGUUCCUGGCGGCCGGGCACUGAACUGCUCCGUCCGUUCUCCCGCUCGCCGCCCGCGCAGCGGCAGCGAUGACCCUCCGGACCGCCGGUCGGCCCCGCCGGCGCAAGCAAUGGACAGCCACUGGGGCGGGGGAGGGGUGGGCACAUGACUCCCCGUGGACGCACGUGCGAGAUGGGGCAAGGCGAACGCUGAGGAUCGUUCUCCGAGGCCGGAGCCGCUUUACAUGUCGCCGUCGGUUUUGCGUUCGGAACGAAACGGGAUCGGCUGCCCGAGCGCGCAGGCGGUGCAGUCGCACCGACCGAAGAACCACGUGGUGGAGGGGUUCCGAGCGCCGGGUUACACAAAGGGUGGGGGGGGGGCGGGGGGUGAGGGGGGGUGCAUUGAACAGAGCUGGGGGUGGGGUGCUCUUUCGAUCCUUGGCACCGGGGGUCCGUGCCAACCACGCUGCCAUGGCACGGCACGGCACGUUCACGCAACGCAGACGCGAGCCGGAAACGUUUGCGGUGGUCUGUCCACGUAAGGUGCACGCUGCACGCAUGAGAGAGAGAGCAUGGGCACAUUUUUUUAUUGUUUAAACAACGUAUCUCGCUUGGGACGCCACCGUCACGGCGGAGUAAAAGUUCGCACACUCGGACCGGCGAUCCAGGGGGCCACCGGUUCCAUUCCGUCUCCCGGCGAAGCGGUCGAAACGAUGGUGGCGAGUUUCUUCAACCUCUCCAACCCCCCUGCCCGCCCGCCCGCCCUACUCUCUUCCCUGCCCCGCCGCCUCUGUCCCACACCCAGCGAUGUGGAAACAUGGGAACAGUCGCGGUCCGUCGAUGACCUGCAGGACACGCGCGGUGGGGUGUGACGCGUGAGUGCACCACACCCAUCUCUUCCAUCGUGGCUGAGUCGGCCAAAAUAUUCUUAGGUUUUUUCGAUAAAGUCACGUAGGUAAAAAAUGUAAAUUAAUAAAAGUAAAAUAAAAUAAAAAAUAAAAUAAAAAUCACGCAAGCUUCCGUAUCAAGUAAAUGAUACAGCGAGCGUGCUGUGACGGUUCCACCUGAAGACGGAAGCUUGUGUUGCCUCCGAAACGUCGUGAUUUUUAUUUUAUUUUACUUUUAUUAAUUACAAUUUUUUACCUACGUGACUUUACCGAAAAAACCAAAGAAUAUGAAUCCUUGCAGUCACGAAAGCUUCAAAUCUAGAAUCGGCCAAAAUACUUCACUUGUAAUGCAGGGGCUGCACCUUGGCGCUCUUACCUACGUGUGACUUGUUGGAGUUUGAAUGAUGCUACGGUGAUAGAUAUAUAUAUUGUAUAUGCAUUGCGUGCACGACAGAACGUCACUGUAAAGACGACGGAUUGUACCGGAGGAGAACUUACGAAUGAAUGGAGGACUGUAACACGUAGGCUUUCGCGACCAAUAUUAUCAUAUAAUCGAUGUUUUUGGGUUAGGCCGUGUAAACGAUACAUUUAUAUUCAACGGCGCAUUCAUAUUUAUGCGAUCUAACCCAAAGGCGUCUAUUUUGGAGAAUGGAGGACUUAAGAAUGAAUGGAGGACUUUUUAAUGAAUGGAGGACUUAUGAAUGAAUGGAGGACUUGUGAAUGAGGGGACGCCGCCCAAAGCUGCCGAAGCGCUUCGCGCGAGGUUUUGGGGGAAUUGUCACGUGCGUUAGCAAAGUGCCAACGCGAAAUAUGAGUUAGAGUAUGGUCAAAUAUAACCGUGUUAGAGGGAAAAAAUACGUGCUUUCCUAUAUACGUUGAGAUGCAGCUGAAUUUUCGAUAUUUUGUAUAUCUACUCUGGUGAUAAUGAAUUACUACGAUCUAGUGCAUUUGGUAUUCGCGCAAUGAUUUGAACGCGGGGUGCGAUCGCCGCGGAGGAGAGACGCCGCUGUGUAUCGCAGACUCAGGCCGGCAGUAGUCUCGGCGCAGUGGGGACCGACGUUGCCGCGUGUAAUCUCAAACUGAGUUUUUUGCGGUGUCAUUUUUUUUGUCCGCGCAUUUUUUGUCGUUGCAAUUUUGGACUUUAACCACGGGCGCGCAAACGGCCCGCGCUUUUCAAAGUGACGUCGAGGGAUAAUUGCAAGAGCCCACUGUGCAACGGACGGCGAGUAGUACUACCACUGUAUUUUGCGGUUAAUACCACGGCAUUAACCAGGGUGGCCUGCCGAGUUCGAACCGCGAAUCUUCUGCUCCGGGCGGAGGCAAAGCUAACCGCUGGGCAGCGUCGCAGUUCCAAAAUGUCACCUUGCCGUGCCGGUAGCGGGGAUGGUUUUCGACCAUACUUCGCCACGCCCGCCGGCCGGCCCAUUGCGUGUUCACACAUCGCUCGCCACCGAUGUUAAUUCACCGCUCUGUACGGAGUUGAAACUCCUGGGCUCAUGAGCGUCGUAGCGCGGUGCGGUAACCACUGCGCAGAGGUCGCAAACGGGGUUUGAUUCAUCUUCUUGGUUCUUUCGGUAAAGUCACGUAGAAGGGAAGUAAUAAAAUAAUAGAAAUAAAACAUA